AUUUGUCGAGAAUUAAAGCUUUUCAAAGAGGAGAGAAACUAUCUAUCUAUUUGUUUAGCAGUUAGCACAGAACAGCGUAGUAGUAGUGAUGGCUAUUUCAUCAUCAUCAUCAUCACUAUCGCUAUCUCUUCCAUUCCAAUUCCGUUUCUCUCUUAAACCCCAAACCCGCCGCAACUUCCCUUGCGUUGCGGCGGCGACGGCGGCGAACAGCGAUGUUCCUCUCCUUCAAGUCAAUGAUCUUAGAGCAAAAAUCGUAGAAUCCAAUCUCGAAAUUCUCAAAGGCGUUAAUCUCACUGUCAACAGGGGCGAGGUUCACGCUAUCAUGGGGAAGAACGGUUCUGGGAAAAGCACGUUCGCUAAGGUUCUUGUGGGUCAUCCGGAUUAUGAAGUUACCGGUGGGAGCGUUGUGUUUAAAGGAGAGAAUUUGCUUGAGAUGGAGCCGGAGGAAAGAGCGCUUGAAGGGCUUUUCAUGAGUUUUCAGUCGCCGGUUGCGAUUCCGGGGGUUUCGAAUGAUCAAUUUCUUGUUAUGGCGUAUAAUGCGAGGAGGAAGAAACUUGGGCUUCCUGAACUUGGACCCCUUGAGUGUUUUUCUUAUCUGAUGGAGAAGCUACAACUUGUGAACAUGAAGCCUGACUUUCUCAAUAGGAAUGUAAAUGAAGGGUUUAGUGGAGGUGAACGAAAACGCAAUGAAAUCCUGCAGCUUGCGGUUUUGGGGGCAGAUUUGGCUAUUUUGGAUGAAAUUGAUUCGGGAUUGGAUGUUGAUGCGCUCAGGGAUGUGGCAAGUGCAGUUAAUAAAAUUCUUACCCCGGAGAAUUCUUUGUUGAUGAUUACUCACUAUCGGCGGAUUCUUGAUCUUUUGAAACCUUCCCAUGUUCAUGUUAUGGACAAUGGCAAAAUUGCAAGGACAGGCGACCUAUCUAUGGUAGAUGCAAUUGAGGCAGAUGGAUACGAACCAGUCUCCGCUUUACUUUAAUUAAAGCUAGUAUUGCCACCCUUUCAAACUUUGUUGUGAAAUGGCGGGGCUUAUUUUGGUCUGUCCGAUUGCACGAGUAUUCCUCUCAAGAUCUUAAUCGGGAAUAAACAGUAUAAUUAGAUGGGAUGAAAGUCACAAUUUUCUUCAAAAGGUACUGAUGAUAAGAUCCUAUGCAUUUUGGGUGCAGGAUCAUAGCUAAGUUUUAUUUUCAUUUCAAUUUGAAAUCUUUAGUCAUUCUGGUUUGGUAUUGAGCUAGGUUGAUGUUGAAUAGUUGUAUCUUAUGGAACUUUCUUUUGCAAGGAUGAGUUUAGUCAAUACCGGAAGUGUAAAUGUAUUUGAAUUUUGAAUAGUAUAGCUGUGUAAACUGAAUAUAAGUGCAGUUCAACUA